AUGGAAAGUGUGGACAAUGCCAUUGGAUUGAUCCGUCUCCACUAUGACAUUGUGAACGAUAGGCUUUCGCGUUGGGACCCUGCCGUUUUGGUGCUGGCGUCGAUUGGCGGCACUUUGGUGUACGCCAAAUUGGUGCAAAUCUACCGAAGAAGCGAGGAGCCGUUGUUGAAGCGAAUCUCGGCGUUCGGUUUCAGACAAUUAAGAAAAUUGCCGCCGAUUAAAGCGAAGAUUGAAAAGGAGUUGUCGAAGACGCGAAUUGAGAUGCUUGAAUCGAUUCACAAGGAUGAUACUGAUAAGGUGUUUAUUAGUGAAUUGCCGUCUUCGGGAAUUGCGGAUUCGGAAAUCGUGGCGUUAGCCGACAAAUACGAAAAAUACAACAAGUUCGAAAUCGACGGCGGCCGAGUUUCGGGCGCCGUUUACACCGACCGCCAAAAGAAGCACAUUGAUCUACUGGCUACCAUAUACUCGAAAUAUGCUUAUUCGAAUCCACUUCAUCCCGACGUUUUUCCGGGAGCUCGAAAAAUGGAGGCGGAGCUUAUUCGAAUGGUUCUCAAUCUCUACAACGCGCCCGAUGAUUCGAGCGGAAGUGUGACGACCGGCGGCACCGAAUCGAUCAUAAUGGCGUGCUUCGCCUAUCGCAAUCGUGCGCUCAAAGCCGGUAUCGAUUCGCCAGUGAUUGUGGCGCCGAUCACCGCGCACGCCGCCUUCGACAAAGCCGCCCAUAUGUGCGGAAUGCGUUUGCGACACAUCCCCGUAGAUCAAAACAAUCGUGUCGAUUUGCGCGCCAUGGAGAAGGCGAUCGAUUCGGACGUUUGUAUGCUCGUCGGCUCGGCGCCGAACUUCCCAUCGGGAACGAUUGAUCCGAUUCCGGCGAUCGCUAAAUUGGGUGAGAAGUACGGUAUUCCGGUGCACGUCGACGCCUGCCUUGGCGGAUUUUUGAUUCCGUUCAUGUCCGCAGCUGGGUACCAUCUUCCCGUGUUUGAUUUCCGCAAUCCUGGCGUCACGUCAAUUUCUUGUGAUACCCAUAAGUACGGUUGUACACCCAAAGGCAGCUCGAUUGUGAUGUAUCGCUCGCGCGAAUUGCACCAUCAUCAAUUCUUUUGUAUUCCUGAAUGGACCGGCGGAAUCUACGCGACGCCGACGAUUACCGGCUCUCGCGCUGGCGCGAACACCGCUGUCGCCUGGGCGACACUUCUAUCAUUCGGGCGCGAUGAAUACGUAAGAAGAUGCCGCGAAAUCGUGAAAUACGCGAAAAUUCUCGCCGAGAGAAUCUCGAAACUCCCACAUAUUAAACUCUACGGCUCACCAGAUGUUUCGGUAGUGGGAUUCCGCGGAAACGGCAUUAACAUUUAUGCGGUCAGCGAUAGAAUGAAUAAGCUUGGGUGGAAUUUGAACACACUUCAGAAUCCCGAUGCCAUUCAUCUGUGCAUGACAAUCAAUCAAGCCAAUGAGAAGGUCGUCGACGCGUUCGUCAGCGAUCUCGACAAAGUGUGCACCGAGAUCGCCGCCAGCGACGACAAAGGUAACAAGGACAGCACGGCGGCUCUCUACGGAAUGGCGGCUCAGAUUCCCGACAAGAGUCUCGUCGAUGAGAUGAUCUGUCUGUACAUCGACGCGACCUACGCAAAACCGCCAACUCAUUGA